CUCAAAAGCGGAAGUGGUUGUUGUGCUCUUGUGUUUGGUGUCAUGUGAUUUCCUUGUAGUCCAAGAAGCUGCUUUGACAGUUAUUACUUUUUCAUGAAUCUAAAAUAAUUUUACUCACACGUUGUAUGUUUACUGGGGUCCACACACACGGGUUAUUUCUGUGUGUGUAGUAGUUUUCCCCUCGGACGCUGCCAUGGGUUGCUGCUACAGCAGCGAAGACAAGCCCACAGAGGAGGAAGAAGAACACCUGAUACCACCAAGUAAUAUUGUUAGCAAAUCUCCAAAUGGAACAGACUGGACCACACCAAGUGUCCCCUCAGCACGUACAGAUGAGCAGGCCCUCCUCACUUCCAUCCUCACCAAGACUGCACAGAACAUCAUUGAUGUCUCAGCAGCUGAUCAGCAUAUGAUGGAACCACAUGAAUACAUGGAUAGAGCACGGCAGUACAGCACAAAAUUGGCUGUGUUGGGCAGCAGUUUACCACCCAAAAAGGCCCUCACACUUCCCUCCCUUACCAGUCAACCACACCAAGUGCUUGCAAGUGACCUGGUGCCAUAUUCAGAUGUUCAGCAGGUUUCCAAAAUAGCCGCUUAUGCUUACAGUGCAAUCUCUCAAAUCAAAGUGGAUGCUAAAGAGGAAUUGGUUGUCCAGUUUGCAAUCCCCUGAUCUCAUUCACACAUUGUCCCUCCAUUAUACUCACUGUAGUUCUGACUCUUUUACUUCUUUUAAACAAUGAUUUAUAUGCCUUUGGUCAUUAACCAUCUGCAAAUCUAGAUUAUGGUGAGAUACACCAUAAAUUAUACACCUGUAUCCAUAAUUUAUGAUGUGGGACAAUGUCAUCAUGAUAGCUACAAUGUAACACUUAAAAUAAAAUACUUAUUUAAUAGGUUUCAGUAACUUUCAGUACCAAAACUAUUUGGUAGUGUGCUGUUUUCCUUAAUAGUACCAUAAAGAUAAUGAUGGCUUAACACUCCUAUCCACCUGCUCAGAAUUCAAGCAUUCUGGUUUGACUCACAUGUUUAUAAUUAAAAACAAUGGGACUUUAAACUAAAACUUUCAACAAUGUCUUGCUGUGUCCAUAAAGCAGUGAGGAUAGAAAAAUAUAUUUUUCUGUUAAUGAAGAUUUUUAUAGCAUUUAAAUAUAAGUAUGUGGAAAUCCGUACAUUCAGUUUUCUCACCUUAUUCUAUGCCAUGUCAGGACCCCUGUACACAUAAAGUCCAUAAAGUGCUACAGCCAAAAAAACAAUGAUUCAACCAGCUUGACCAUAUGUUGAAUUGUAAUUCCACUCAUCCAUUGGUUUCAGAAUGUAAAAGGGCUGUUGCCAAAGCAAUUUACAAUGUAUCAAAAAUAUAUCUUUGACAGUCUUCAAAAUGCCACCUAUAACAGUAAGUUGGAACCCAUGAAUAGUCUUGCAAUUGUAUUUGAGACUACUCUUGUACUGUCUUUGAUGGGACAAGGGAAGAUUCAUACAAUUUGACGUUGCUGAAUCAAAUUAGGAGACAAAAAUGUCACUACAUCAAACUUUCAGGGCAUGUAUAUGAGAACAAGGUUUGUUAUAGAGGUACAGAGAGAGCUGAUGUGUGCCCUAUUUGUACUUUUGUUUUUCACUGAGAAAAAUGAUCGAAUGCACAGAUGGUAAUAAAGUUACUGUUUUGUAAACUCUAAGCAGAUGUGAGAAAAUGAUUUUAAAUCAGGUCUGCUUUUGGUAGCGUUUUCCUGCAGAUUCUAAUUUGAAUAAGAAUGGCAACUAACCAUUGUAGCAGUGUUUUUUGAGUGUUUUUGAACAAUUUUAACAUAAUACCAUCAUUUUGAGACUAUUUAUUUGAGUUCAAAUGUAAUUUUUCUCUUAAUACUGAGAUUAGGGGUUUACUAUACAUCACCAAUAAGCAUGGUGUGGCUUGUUGUCUUUAAAGGGAUGAUCUCUGACUGUUCAAUGUUUCAAUCUGCAUUUUCUUGCAAUGGGUUGUUGACAAUUUUCAGCCACAAGUUCUGUAAUCUGAUGUUUGUAUUAUACUAUAGCACCAAAAAUCUAUGUUUUGGUUGUCCUUUUUGAUUCAUUAAAAUACUUAAAAUACA